CUUGUUCAGAACUGCGACUUUAGAUAUUGUACGAACAAUCAGUGACAACUUGAAAUGCAUCAAUUCAAGGCCAGGUUUCAGGCAGAUAAUUUAGUGUUAAGUGUGGAGUACAGAAAUCAAUGACAGAACACAAAAAUCCUACAGAUAUCAAUGAAGUAUUACCUCCGUCUUUAGCUGCUGUUAGAGAGAUAUUUUCGGAGUUUAACGUCUCGGAAGUUUCGGAUGAAAUAUGUACACGGGUUUUGGAUGUUUUGUAUAGUAUGUUUUGUUUUAAAGUUUGCCUUUAUACGGUAGGACACACAUGUAAUGUCAUCGAAGAGGCAAAGGCUGUUUCUCAUCAUGCCGGUCGACCGAAAAUUGAGGAAGAUGACGUACAACUAGCCAUCAGUUCAGUCACAGAUGGACUUAUGUUCGCACCCCCAUAUAGAGAUCAGUUACUGGCUUAUGCUGAGAAAAAUGAACAGCCACUACCAGCUGUUCGUCCUCAUUGUGGCAUUCGUCUACCCGCUGAACGCUUCACACUCACAGCUCCAAAUUAUUCACUUUUAUCAUGUGCAGACAACGCAAAAACAAAUCCUUCAUCUGAACUCGCUGGGGAUUCUUCGAUGACACUUCAUAUAUCCAACCCCGUUAAUCCUACCAAAAAUAUAUUUAGAGCUAUUAAUCCUUCAACCAGACCAAUUACUGUUGGUAAUCCUAUGGGACCAUCUGUUCAUGUUAUUGCCGCUCCUGGAAUGGGACCUUCUAUGAUUCGUGUUCAAACUGUCCAAAAUGUUGCUCAAUUGUCCAGUGUAGAUACCAGCACUGGCUUACGAACACUUCCCGUGGGCCCUACAGUAUCCAGUGUCAUGUCUUUGAAUCGACGUUACAUGGACACAUCAUAA